UUUGCGUUUGGACAUCAUUUUUUAAAAUUAUUAGUUCGUCUAUAAUGAGGUUACCUUGCCUAUCAUACGCAAAUUUCAAUUUAAUACCAAACAAUUACUAUAUUGGAGUCAUGGAGUCAACAUAUAUUGCAAGCAGUAUUUUUGAUUGUGGCACCUACUGUGUUAGAAGCCCAUCUUGUGUAUUUGCCAACUAUAAUGAAAAUCAACACAUUUGCGAGUUAAUGUCAUCUUUAGCGAAUUCUUUAAAUAGUUCAACCAAUCAAGAUUGGCAAGUACUGAUAGCUGAUUUUACAAAUAAUACAAAUAUUGGACCCAUCUGUGAAAAUAACACACCUUGCGAGAACCUAUAUUGUAGGGAUGUAUGCACAUCAGAUGCAUUAACCCACGCAUACCUUUGUUUAGUAACAAACGAUGCGUCAAAAAUUGGAACUCCUUCAUUAUCAACAGCAUAUUCGUCGUCAACUGCUGCAAGUAAAGCAACCGAUGGUGAUCUAAAUACUGCUGCAGAAAGUCAUUAUAUUGAUAAUAAUAAAUGGUUUAAACUAGACCUAAAAUUUGUUUUCCGAAUAAAUCAAAUUAUUAUAUGGAAUUCGAGUUUUCGUCCAUACAGAAUGAAUGAUAAUAAGUUGUUUGUGGGUAUAACCGACGCAACAUCUGAUUAUUAUCAAAUUGCAAUUUUAAACUCCAACAUAAAACAGAGCUUUUUGGGUUCAUUCAUUGCUCGAUAUAUUUUUAUUAAUAAUACUGUUGCCGACGCACUUCAGGUUGCAGAAAUUAACGUAUUUGUAUAAAUUCAACUCUUUUUAUUAUACUCUUUGAAAAAAUUUCCAAAACGUUUUAUAAACGUUUUGCUAAAGUUUUACUUAAUAAAUAAACUUCCUAAACUCUUAAUUUUA